AUGGCGGGCGACGAUCUGCUGAAGAAAGGCAAGCAGAAAGGUGCAGGGGGCGGCGCAGAUGCGGGUACGACGCAUGGCAAAAGUAAUGGCAAAGGUGCGGGUGUAGGCGGCUUCCAGCACUUGGGACUGAGUCCUCUAGUGUUCCGCGGCGUCAUGGCCAUGGGCUACAAGGUGCCCACACCCAUCCAACGCAAGUCGCUGCCGAUCGUAUUGUCCGGAAAGGACUGUGUGGCCAUGGCCCGAACAGGUUCUGGUAAGACUGCCGCUUUCCUCGUCCCCAUGGUGGAGAAACUCAAGGAACACUCGACCAAGAUCGGUGUGCGUGCUGUGGUGCUCUCACCCACGCGUGAGCUGGCGGUGCAGACGCUGCGCUUCGCUAAACAGCUGUCCAAAUUCACGUCGCUUAAGAUGGCGCUUAUCGUCGGUGGCGAAGGAAUGGACCAGCAGUUCGAGGCCAUCGCGUCCAACCCGGACGUGCUGGUGGCCACACCUGGACGUCUCAUGCAUCUUCUACAGGAAAUCCCAGACUUUAACUUGAAGGCUGUGGAAUAUGUAGUCUUCGACGAAGCCGACCGUAUCUUCGAGAUGGGAUUCGCCGAGCAACUACAGGAGAUUUUGAAGAAUAUGCCCACUAGUAGACAGACGUUGCUGUUCUCUGCUACGCUACCGAAAGCGCUGGUGCAGUUCGCACGCGCUGGUCUAAGCGACCCGGAACUUAUCCGUCUAGAUGUGGAGAACAAGAUCUCGGAGAACCUCAAGAUGGCCUUCUUUACUGUCCGAUCGCUGGACAAGCCAGCGUUGUUCUUGUAUAUGGUACGCGAGUUCUUACCUAAAGGAGAUCAGACGAUCGUCUUCGCUGCCACACGCCACCACGUCGAGUUCUUACACGCUCUACUAGCCGCCAACCACAUUGAAGCAUCGUGUGCUUACGGUGACAUGGACCAGGCUUCGAGAAAGAUUAAUUUGGGCAAAUUCCGAGCCAAGAAGACAAAUUUACUUAUCGUCACGGACGUGGCAGCGCGUGGUAUUGAUAUUCCGCUACUGAACAACGUGCUGAACUACUCGUUCCCACCUACAGCCAAGCUGUUCGUGCAUCGUGUCGGUCGUGCAGCUCGUGCCGGUCGCAGCGGUACAGCGUUCAGCUUCGUGGACCCAGACGAGACGCCGUUUAUGGUUGAUCUACACCUGUACAUUGGUCGUCGUCUGGAAGACUCGUCGCCCGAGGAAAGCGCUGGCACCAAGCCGUAUUCACUAAGUACGAUGCGUGUCGAGGACGUUCACUACGGCGCGUUCCCCAACGAAUUGAUCGACCAGGAGAACGAGGCUUUACAAGAGACAGUGCGCAGUCAUCCACAGGUUUCACCGCUUGUCAAGGUCUGCGACAACGCGUACAAGGCGUACGCACGCACACGCGCUGAUCCGUCCAAGAACUCGAUUCGUCGCGGCAAGGAGCUGGCAGUGAAGAAGGUGCAUCCUUUGUUCCAACAGGAGUAUGUGCUGGACGAGAGUAAAGCGGACAAGGCAGCGUACAUCGACUCGCUUCAGACGUUCCGUCCGCCUCAGACGAUCUUUGAGAUCGCAGCGGGUGCUCACUCCUCAGCUAAACGCUCGUCUCCGGGUGUUCUGAUGAUGGUCAAGAAGAGGAAACUGCAUGGCAAGAUCAUCGCUACGGAGACGACGAAAGCGGCGGACAAGGUGAAGGCCAAGGAAGAGGCGACGGCACUUAACGCUGCGGCUGAAAAGGAGGAAAAGAAGGCGUUCUUCUUGUCCAAACACGAGCGUAAGCAGCUUAAGAAACGCGUGGCAGCUGGAGAGAAGGAGGAGGACGUCAUGAAGCAGCUCGCGGCAGCUAAGGAGCAGGGAGCGACCAAUAAUGAGACCCAGGAUGAGGGCGAUGCGUCGUUCAAGGACGACGAAAACUACAUCGGCUACAUGAAGGACGGAGACUACACGACCGAAGGAUUCUUGGCCAAGAACGCCGACGGUGGCAAGGUGAAUGCGUUCGCUGAGGCCCGUCUGGAAGAAGCCAUCCUUGAUGUGAACCCGGACGAGGCAAUCGAGAUGAACAAGAAGCGUCGUAUUCUUCACUGGGAUGUGCGUAAGAAGAAGUUCGUCAAGACUACAGCGGGAGAACUCACGAGUCAAGGCACACUCAAGCGGCGUAACGAGAGUGGAGUGAGUGUACGUAAGAAGCAGCAGGUUGGCGAGGUGUAUCGGAAGUGGCAGCAGAAGCAACAUAAGCGCGUGGCUGGCGGUGGCGUUGAGGUGGAAGAUGACGACAACACUGGAGGGCGGAAACUGGACUACCGUAAUGGCAGGAAGCCGCGUGGUGGCGCGGUCAUGGCCAAGCGCAGUGGCGUCAACAAACACGCCAAGGACGAGUUGAUGAGUGAAGGCAAGAUCCGCAAGGAGGAGAAGCGGAAAGCUCGUUCACGCGGUGUCAAGGUCUCGUCUGGUGUCAAGUCGAAGCGUGGCAAGGGCAACAUCAAGGGAAAGAGUCACGGUGCUCCGACCAGAAGCAAAGCUAUCAUCAAGAAGCGGUAA